GGGAUUCACGAGGUCAGUGACCCUCACUCUGUCUAAACAAACAGCCUGCUGUGACGGAGCAGACAGUGAACUUUGUCCUGUAUGAUCGAGCCCAGCUAACUGGUUCUUCAGCCCUCAGCAGGAACCAGCUGCAAAUUAACGUUUCCAACAUGUCGGAGAGGAGGACGGCACUGAAGGCUGCAGCAGAGCUAGACUUCCUGCAGUUUAAUGAUCUGGCCUGUGAAGCAGUAGGUGGAAAGGUUAUUUUUGCCACAGAUGAGUGGUUUGCUCCGGCCUCAAACCUGCUGAAGAAAGAGCCGCCACAGUUCAUUGCUUCUGCCUUCACUGAGUUUGGAAAAUGGAUGGAUGGAUGGGAGUCGAGGAGGAAGAGAAUUCCAGGUCACGACUGGUGCAUUAUCCAGCUGGGAGUACCAGGGUUGAUCUAUGGCUUUGAUGUCGACACGUCCUUCUUCACUGGAAACCACUCGCCCUACGUCUCAAUCCAGGCCGGCUGUCUAGAUGAAACAUCCCCUUUCACCCUGGAUGGAGACCGAACUGGCAUGGCCGCCUCUGACAGCCAACUGGCUGCUGUCGCCAAGCUGGGCUCAGAGGCGUGGCCUGACCUGGUGUGUGUGACACAGCUGAAACCUGGAUACUCUGACAGCUGCCAUAACUACUUCAAAGUCAGUUUCAACCACAGAGUGACACACCUGCGCCUCAACAUGUACCCAGAUGGAGGGAUAGCCAGACUGCGGGUUUACGGAGUCGGAGAGAGCGACUGGUCGUCUGUGCCCUCCCACCAGGACGUCGACCUGCUGGCUCUGACCAACGGGGGAGUCUGUCUCAGCUACAGUGACGCCCACUUCGGGCAUCCACGCAACGUGAUUGGUCUCGGCCAAGCUCUCAACAUGGCUGACGGCUGGGAAACAGCCCGCAGACUGGACAGGCCAAAACAGCUAAAGGUGGACCAGAGAGGGAUCCUGCAGGUCCCAGGCUGGGAGUGGGCCGUGUUUCGACUUGGCCAUUCAGGAGUCAUCAGCAGCAUCGAGGUCGACACCAAACACUUUAAAGGUAACUUCCCGGACUCUUGCUGGAUCGAGGCUUGUUCUUUGACCGAGGAGGAGGAGGCUCAGGGCGUCAGGGGCAGGUGGAAUUCUGGGAAAUGGCAGGUCCUGCUUCCUCCUCAGAAACUCCGCCCUCACCACACACACCUCUACAGCCGCAGCGACCUCACCUUGAUCUCACCUGUCACUCAUGUGCGUCUCGUCAUCAGUCCGGACGGAGGAGUCAGCCGGCUGCGCCUGUGGGGUCGAGCCACGCCCAUCACCUCUGCUCCGGCCAAUCAGAAGAGAGCUGUCUCCAAACUGUGAUCCUGGACAAAAACUCAAACACUGACAGGACGUAAAAGAUCUGAUCCGUGGUUGAUGACGAUGUCACCAACCAGUCAGGAAAUAAAAUAGGAGUCAUGUUG